CAUUUGCCUAGACUGCAGUGUUUACUUGGUGGAGUCCCUGAAGUUUCAAUCAGGGUGACUGGGAAGAGCCAAAGUUCAUUUCUCUAUAAAAUCUUUGAAGACACCUCUGGCCUCACUGAUAGAUGUCAUACUUCUUGCAUCUCAUAUUUCUCUCAAAUACCUGGGCUAACUUGUUCUAGUCUGUCAGGAACCUACAGGCAGUGACCCAAAAAAGAAACUUAAACACAAAAUAACAUUGCUUAAAAACAUCCAUGCUCCCUUGAGGAAUGGCAGUGAGCAAAUGAACAGCAAACUUUUUAAGGCCUGUAAGGAAAUGGAAGCAACUCCUAUUGACAUGUUAAAGGAUCCCCUUGUCUCUAGCUGUGCUGCCCAGGACACCAGAAAGAAGCGCAGGGUGGUGACCAAGGAUGGGCACAGCAAUGUUAAGAUUGACCACGUUGACGGCUUGGCCAUGCUUUACCUGCACGACCUGUGGACCACUGUCAUAGACAUGAAAUGGCGCUACAAGCUGACCCUGUUCUCUGCCACUUUCGUGAUGACCUGGUUCUUUUUCGGCCUCAUCUUUUACAUAAUUGCCAUGAUCCACGGGGACCUGGAUGUGCCGGACACGGCAUCCAACCACACCCCAUGUGUGAUGAACGUGCAGUCCUUAACCGGGGCCUUUCUCUUCUCUCUGGAGUCACAGACCACCAUCGGCUACGGCUUCCGUUUCAUCACGGAGGAGUGCCCCCUGGCCAUCUCCCUGCUGGUGGCCCAGCUGGUCUUGACUACCUUGGCGGAGAUCUUCAUCACGGGCACCUUCUUGGCGAAGCUGGCCAGACCCAAAAAGCGUGCCGAGACCAUCAUGUUCAGCCACAACGCAGUCAUCACGAAGCAUGACGGCAAGCUGUGUCUCAUAAUCCGGGUGGCCAACAUGAGGAAGAGCCUGCUCAUCCAGUGCCAGCUCACGGGAAAGAUGCUGCACACCCACGUCACCAAAGAGGGGGAGAAGAUCCUCCUGAACCAGACUAGCAUCCGCUUCCAGGUGGACUCUGCCUCCGACAGCCCCUUCCUCAUCCUGCCAAUGACUUUCUACCACGUGAUCAACGAUGCGAGCCCGCUGAAAGACCUCACUGCCGCCAACCUGAGGGGGAAGGAGUUUGAGAUCGUGGUCAUCCUGAACGCCACGGUGGAGUCCACCAGCGGCACCUGCCAGAGCCGGACCUCCUACAUCCCAGAGGAGAUCCUCUGGGGCUAUGACUUCAUGCCUGUGGUGUUCAACUCCCCGAGUGGGAAAUACGUUGCGGACUUCAAACAUUACAACAAGGUCAUUCGAAGCACUGAUCACUUCUUUGCCACAGAUCUUGAGAAGUUAAAACUGGAAGAAGAGUACCGAAAAGAUGACCAGAAGGAAAGAGAAGGACAUUUAAAUGAGCCAUGACACAAAUACUAUUAUAGAAACGGAAAUACAUGUUUAGCAACUUUCUAUUUUUUUUUUGGCAACUGCAGCACGGGGAUUGAAGACUUUGCUAUUUAUAAAAUAGCUGUAGUUCACAUUUCUUGAUCUCUCACAUUCCUUCUCUCUAUUAAGAAUUGAAAACAUUUUGUGUAUAAUAAUAAUACUGCUGGAGCCACCUGUCUCUUUGUUAGACUUGCAUACAAAUUCUGUUGUGAGCCAUUGCUUAGCUAUAU